CGGUUCAUUAUAUGUGCCAACUUAGCAGACUGGAACUUGAAGACACUAUAUUUUCAUUUUUAGAACUUAGAACCGUUUAGUUAAUUGCAGGAAUGAACAACGAAACGGACGACAGCGAAAGUGAUGGAACCAGCACUGAAGGCGAAUAUACGGUAGCAGGGUUUGAGCAUCCCAAGUUUGACUUCACCAGCUGGAACCCAGAGCCCCCUGCAGGGCUCCAGUUCAUGUGUCUGGUGCCUCUUAACCCCUCCUACACCAACUCUCAGCAGAGGAAGGUCACUGGAAAGAUCAGAGUGUCACAAACACACCGUCGGAAACGCAUGAAGGAACAACAAACUGGAAGGACCACUGGAAGAAAUAUUCAUGAUGAGAAAAAAUUAAGAAAUGCAGCUUCAAAAAAUGAAUAUUGUACAGUGAUUGAGUUGCUGGACAGUGGAGUUGAUCCGUGCAGCCAUGAUGAGAAGAAGAGGACUGCCCUUCACUUUGCUUCCUGUCAGGGUCAUGAGCUGAUUGUGAAGGUGUUGCUGGACAAGGGAGCAGACGUCAACCAGAAGGAUAUACUGGGAAACACUCCACUGCACCUAGCUGCAUGUACCUGCCAGGUGCCUGUUGUGUCACUCCUUCUCAAGGCAGGUCCAGACUUGGAGCUUGUGAACAAGUAUGGCACUACCCCAGUGACUCUAGCAAAGGCCAAGCUGAAGUACUUGGCUGAGAACAAGACUUAUUCUUCCAAGCAGAUCCGAGAUGAAGUUGUGCAUGUGUCAGAGAUGAUGAAAACCUACUUGGAUUUAUCAGGGUUAAAGUCAGAGUCAGAGCAAGUAGAUGAACUGUGUCAGCAGCUACAACGUACGUCAACACGAGAGCAGGUGGACAACAUCAGCUCUCUCCUGGCAGACUUUACCAGCAUGACCUUACAGAAGAAGAAUGAUCAGCACCCAGGAUGAUGUGUGGGUGUGUGUGUCUCCGUGUGUGUACGUCGUUUCAUAUGUGUGUGUCUGUGCAUGCAUGCGUGCGUGCAUGCAUGCGUGCGUGCACGCGUAUGUCUGUAUCUGCAUGUGUGUACAUAAUGUAUGUCUGGGUGUGAGAAAGUAUGUGGUAACAAGUCACAGGACCAAUAGAUAUACUUAGUCACAGUGUAAUGCAUAUCAGUAUAGUAGAGCUCAAAUACCAUUUGACAACAAAAAUUAUUCAAACACUACUAGGCAGUCAUAUUCAUGAACACCUAAAAUUACAUUAUUUAGAUGACCCUGCAGCCAAUAUUUGGCAUAUUGAUCUACCGUGCCUAAGUUAAACAAUCUCGCAAAAGUCAUUUAGACCAGUAAUGAAUAAACUGAUAAACGUUUGAAGACAGAUCACAGUAGACUUCUGAUCCAACCUUCAAAUGUUCAGUGUUGAUUACCCAGACAAAAUGUUCUGCAACACUUCACUUACCAAUAUCUUUGUGUACCAAGACACAAGGACAUAAAGCACCUUUAAUAUGAUUCUAGUUUCACUAAACAUGAAGACUAUAUGCUUGUUGUAUGUAUGUAUGCCUGUUUUUGGUGGCAGCAAGUUACUCCAACAAUGUUAUUACAAUGCUACUGCAUUAUGAGGGUGGAACGUGACCAUUAAUGUGUAACAUAGGUCAAAACUUGUAAAAAGUCUGAAGGGACAAGAUCCAUUUUAGUUAUUUUAUGUAAACAAUUUGUCUGGAAUAUUUUGAAUUUGACAAACAUACCUAAAGGUUUGAGAAACCUGUGCUUUCUAAAACUAGUUUUAGUAGUAUGGAUAUUUAUGGCAUUUUCAUGGCAGAACUAAACAUAGAAACAUCUUUGUGUUUCACAUUUACUUAGGUCUUGAUUCCAGAGCCAAAUCAACCCCUGGGGGUUCCAGGUUAGAAAUGGCCCUAAGCAACAUAAGCUGGUUGUGAUAGGAAAUUUAAUGGAUGGUCGUGACUUGGUUGAUUGUGUGUCAACAUACUCCUAUGGCAUGGAUCGUUGCUCACAGUAUCAGUCACUGGAUUGUCUGGUCCAGGCUGGAUUAUUUAGAGGGCACUGGCAUAUAGCAGCAAUAUAGCUGAGUGAUGCAUUAAACAACAAACGCACAACUUCGCACAUGGAGCCUGAUCAUCAGAUUCGCUGUACUUCUAUUUUAUUGUUACUUGCAAGUUUAGUUAACUGUCACAGAAUUGUGAACAUAUUUGUACUUUUGUUCCUUAUAGGCUUUUGAAAAUUCACAAUCUUUUUGAAUGAAUAUCUUAUAUUUGUAUAAGAUAUAUUGUAUUUCUUAUGUAUUAUUCAAAGUUAUAUCUUGCUUGUUUAUGCACAAAGUUGUAUUUCACCCUUGUGAAACCUGAUGGUCACUCAUUACAAGGAGGAUCUGCAUUUGAUUCUGUUUUCAUGUUGAGCAAUAGCCUUGCACAGAAGAGGCUUGUCAUUUGUUUAAUUGUCUUCAUGAACUUGAAAAAGUAGGAUCAUUUAAGGGCUGUGACUAGAUUGCUGGCCUAUGAGACUGAAAGACUUUAAGUUACCACGAAGGUAUUGACAUUGCUGAAGAAGUAUUUACAUGUAUAUCACUUUUAUACAUAUUUGUUGUGUAUUGUAUAUGAAACAAAUAUAUAAUUGAAAGUA